CUCAUCCAGGAGGAACAAGGAUGAAUAUGACUCAAGCUCGGGUUCUGGUGGCUGCAGUGGUGGGGCUGGUGGUUGUCUUCCUGUAUGCCUCCAUCCACAAGAUCGAAGAAGGACACCUGGCUGUGUACUACAGGGGAGGAGCUUUACUAACUAGCCCCAGUGGACCAGGCUAUCAUAUCAUGUUGCCUUUCAUUACUACGUUCAGAUCUGUGCAGACAACACUACAAACUGAUGAAGUUAAAAAUGUGCCUUGUGGAACAAGUGGUGGGGUCAUGAUCUAUAUUGACCGAAUAGAAGUGGUUAAUAUGUUGGCUCCUUACGCAGUGUUUGAUAUCGUGAGGAACUAUACUGCAGAUUAUGACAAGACCCUAAUCUUCAAUAAAAUCCACCAUGAGCUGAACCAGUUCUGUAGUGCCCACACGCUUCAAGAAGUUUACAUUGAAUUGUUUGAUCAAAUAGAUGAAAACCUGAAGCAAGCUCUGCAGAAUGAUUUAAAUGUCAUGGCUCCAGGUCUCACUAUACAGGCUGUGCGUGUUACAAAACCCAAAAUCCCAGAAGCCAUACGAAGAAAUUUUGAGUUAAUGGAGGCUGAGAAGACAAAACUACUUAUUGCUGCACAGAAACAAAAAGUUGUGGAGAAAGAAGCUGAGACAGAGAGGAAGAAGGCUGUUAUAGAAGCAGAGAAGAUUGCACAAGUGGCAAAAAUUCGAUUUCAGCAGAAGGUGAUGGAGAAAGAAACUGAAAAGCGCAUUUCUGAAAUUGAAGAUGCUGCAUUCUUGGCCCGAGAGAAGGCGAAAGCAGAUGCUGAGUUUUAUGCUGCACACAAAUAUGCCACUUCAAACAAGCACAAAUUGACCCCGGAAUAUCUGGAGCUCAAAAAGUACCAGGCCAUUGCUUCUAACAGUAAGAUAUACUUUGGCAGCAGCAUCCCUAGCAUGUUUGUGGACUCCUCUUGUGCUUUGAAAUAUUCUGAUGUUAGGACUGGAAGAGAAAGCUCUCUCCUCUCUAAGGAGGCUCUUGAACCCUCUGGAGAGAGCCCCAUCCAAAACAAGGAGAGCACAGGUUGAUGCAAGAGGUGGAAAUGUUCUCCCAUAUCAAGAUGCGGCUCAAGGGGUUAAGUGGGAACAGUGGUUAUACCGACUCUUCAGAUUUACAGAGAACUUUUGCUCCGUCUGUUCUGCCUCUCCUGUGAUAAUCCUGGUUUAUCAACUGAAUGCAGGAUAGAGCCAGCUGUCUGGCACUCACAUGGUCUUUUCAGCUGCAGUUUUAUCAAGUAUCAUUUAUGUGUUUCUUUCUAAACUGGUACUCAUGAAUGAGGGAAAGUCUGAUGCUAAGAUACUGCCUGCACUUGAAUGUUAAACACUAAACAUAUAACAAGCUGUGUUUUUCUAAGCUGAGAUCUAUAUGUUUACAUUGGGCCCUGGGGAAAUGUGUGCUCAGCCAUUCUAGACAUGAGAGGCCAGAGGGCAGACAGUCAGGAUAUGGUAGGUAUAAAGACUGACUGCACCCCAGGCCCUCUUUUUGGGGUCCCAUGGCAGCAUUUGUCCAUGUGAUUGACUUCUAGGCUGCUGAGGUUCCCCAGGAAGUGAUCUUCCACUUGAAUAACCGUUUACUUGAUAUGAUUUGCACCUUUCUGUUUUCUAACAGUCAGGUUGGUGGCCUGCUGGGAUGUACACCUUGCCAUCCAACCAGAGAUACCUUGUAGAGAUUCCUGAUCAGAAGUUUACUGCAUUAGUAUGGCUCAGGAGGGCUUGAUUUGUCACUUUGGGUUAGAUGAAGCCAUUUGCUCUGAACCACAGCUCUGGGGCCCGGCAUUCCUCCCCAUUUUGGUGAUGACUGUCGGCAUCACUGCCUCAGGCCAUGAGUGACUAAGGUGCCCAGUUUUUAGCCACAGACAACUCCUUACAUGUCCCUCUCGGCUCUGGCUGGCCAAGAGUGGGACAGGGCUUUAACCAGAAAUAGGAGGGAGCAGUGUACAAUUCCUAGCCACUCACUGCACAGUAUUGUAUCAUGAUUGCAGGAAAUGUUUUUAAAACUGGAUUUGGGGUAUGUUCACUUGCCCCAGCACUGCUCCCUAAAGGCUAAAUCCUAGAGCUGCCAUGGUGGCUAGCACACUGACUGUUCUGAAGAUUGUUCAUCAGGAGCCCACAUAGUGUGAAACGAAGGAUAGAAAGAAUCCUUGGUCAUCUCUCUCUUCCCUCCUGGCCCUGAGAUGCUGAAAUCAAAGUUGUUUUUCCAACUUUCACCUUCCCUGGAUAUCCAGUAGACUUAAUUUUCCAUGAGAGGUAGCAGAGCUAGCCUGUGGCUAUGGGAGACCUAUUUCAUCUGGACUUUUUCCCCUUAAACGUUAACUUUCCUGAUACAGUGUACCCCAUAGUUAGGCCUGAGUUUGUGCAGCUUGUUAAGACACUUCUUGUGUACACUCUGAGGAAGCCAAACCGAAGUCAUGGGACCACCGCCAAGAAAGCUUCCAGCUGCACGUCAGCCCUUCAGUCUCAGGACAGCUUGUGGAUUGUGCCAAACACUGAAUUUGGGAAAGGAAGGAAAUCCCAGAUUCUAAUGGGUCUUUUUCCUGGGUCUUAUACGUCAGAGGCACUUAUAAUAUGGAGAGAAUCUUUUUUUUUUUUCUUUUUGCUCAAUUAAUUAUAUAAAUUUCCUUCUGAAUGAAUUUUGUGUUCUUUAGCCCUCUUAAAAGAACUUUUGAAUUAUAAAAACUCUUAACCUGUCAUAAUGUUGCUGCAGAUAAAUAAUGAUUGUUGUGGGAAAUCUGGAUCAUUGAUGUUUGUGCUUUCAUUCCUGGAGAUUUUCCCUAUUUACAUGAGCUAAAAGCUAUUGCUCCGAAGUGAUGGUGUGGGUUUUCUUACAAGCCACAAACCCUGGUGUCAGGGUUGAGGGACAGGGAAAUGCCAUUAUGAAGUUUUACAGAAAGAACUUCCACUUAAACUCCCCAUGGAGUGUGCUUCCCUGUGCUCACUCAGUGAGUUCUCAGUCUGUCCCUCCUUCAGGGAUGUUCCUUUUGGCAAAUAUACACUGUAAUCUUGAAGUCUAAAUUUAUAUGUGAAAUGCUACCUUUUUUAAAAAUAAGAAACUAAAUAAAACUAUUUUACUAUCA